AUGUCACAACAAUACUUUGUGAUUGAUAAUGGCAGUUAUAAUAUCAAAGCUGGAUUCAGUAAUCAGGAUGCGCCGAUAAAACAUCAAAAUGCGUUAAGCAAGGCGAGAGAUGGCCUUAUUUAUGUGGGAAACGAAUAUUUGGUCCAGACGAACAAUUAUUCUGGAAUGAUCUUUAAAAGGCCCUACGACCAUGGCCAUUUAAUAUCGUGGGAGACAGAGAAAGCCGUUUGGGAUUAUACGUUUAAUAAGGCAUCGCCGAAUCAAGAAUUGGAUGCAUCCAUCACACAUUUGACGUUAACAGAAACUCCAUUUCAGUUACCUCAGUUAUCGAUGAAUACCGACCAAAUUGUAUUCGAAGAAUAUGGUUUCAAUGAGUACUAUAGGUGCGCUCCGGCGUCUUUGGUUCCGUGGCUGAACUUGGGUUCGUCUGAAAGUAAGAAUAAUGAUUUUACUCUAGUGGUGGAUUCUGGGUACAGUGGUACGUGGAUUGUGCCGAUAAUAUAUCAAAAUGUAUACUGGAAAGGAGUGAAAAAAUUACCCAUAGGAGGAGCUGCACUCAAUGGAUUGCUUCGAGAAAUAAUAUCAUUUCGUCAUUACGAUAUAGCUGACGAACCUGUCCUUAUUAAUACUAUUAAAGAGAAAACUUGUUUUAUGGCGACCGAUUUUGAGAAAUCUUUAGCAAAUAGAAAGAAGUAUAGAUGUGAAUUCAUUUUACCGGAUUUCAAAACGACUACUACUGGUUUUGUAAAAACUAAAGAUACUCCUAUCGACACCACCGGUGAUGUUCAAUCCCUUGCGCUUAUAGACGAGAGAUUCACUAUACCAGAAUCAUUCUAUCAUCCCGAAAUAAUAUUCGACAAUACCACGUCGAGUACGUCUACCAUUCAAAAUGCAUCGUUCAAGAAUAUAACCGAUUUGGUGGUUGAGUGUAUUAUGAGCUGUCCUAAAGUGACUCAGCCGUUGUUACUGGGAAAUAUAAUAACUGUAGGGGGUAAUACUAACUUGCCUGGAUUCACAGACCGUUUAAGACAUGAAUUAGUUAAAGAAUUACCGAUAGACUGGCAUGUGCAAGUGAAAGAGACAGAACAUAAUCCAGAUGAGGCAAGUUGGUUUGGAGGUGCUCAAUUGACCAAUGAUGAAAUUAUUAACAAUAUAAGCAUAUCUAAAAAGGAUUAUUUUGAGCAUGGGUCUAACUGGUGUCAAAAACAAUUCGGUUUUAAAAAUUUAUAG